AUGCUGCUGCCGUGGCUGGCGGGACUCGGGGCGGGGGCGCUCGCCCUGCGCCUGGUGCAGGGACUGCUGUUCCCCCACUUCUGGGACGACCUCCGGUUCCUGCUGAAGGUGGUCCGCCUCGGGGUCCGGCUGGAGCUGUACCGAUGGCGCGGGGAGCCGGUCACCGUGCUGGACAGGUUCCUGAGCCGGGCCCGGGAGCAGCCCGGGAAGCCGUUCCUCGUGUUCGAGGGCGCCGUUCACACCUACCGGGACGUGGACCGGAGGAGCAGCCGCGUGGCCCACGCCUUCCUGCGCCGCUCCUCGCUGCGGAGGGGCGACACGGUGGCCCUGCUGAUGAGCAACGAGCCCGACUUCGUGCACGUGUGGCUCGGGCUGGCCAAGCUGGGCUGCGCCGUGGCCUUCCUCAACUGCAGCCUCCGCGCCGGGCCGCUCCUGCACUGCGUGCGCGCGUGCGCGCCCGCCGCGCUCGUGGUGGGCGGAGAUCUUCUCGGGAAUGUGGAAGAAGUCCUCCCCAGCAUCCCCAAAGAAGUCAGUGUCUGGGGCCUGAAAGACUCUGUUCCUCCAGGCAUGACUUCUCUCACACAGGAAUUGCGCGAAGCCCCAGAAGACCCUGUGCCUCGCAGCUACCACAUCACCUCAAACCUCAAGUCUACUUGUCUUUACAUUUUUACCUCUGGAACAACAGGUCUACCAAAAGCAGCUGUGAUUACUCAGUUGCAGGCGAUAAAGGCUUCAGCUGGACUGUGGGCUUUCGGUUGUACAUCUGAGGACAUUGUAUAUAUAACCCUGCCUCUCUAUCAUAGUUCAGGGGCUCUUCUAGGCAUAAGUGGUUGUGUUGAGUUGGGUGCCACUUGUGUGUUAAAGAAGAAGUUCUCAGCAAGCCAGUUCUGGCUUGACUGCAAGAAGUAUAACGUGACUGUGUUUCAGUAUAUUGGAGAACUUUGCCGCUACCUUUGCAAGCAACCUAAGAGAGAAGGAGAAAAGGACCAUCAAAUACGAAUGGCAGUUGGGAACGGUAUACGGAGCGAUGUCUGGAGAGAAUUCAUACACAGAUUUGGGAAUAUCAAGAUGUGUGAACUGUAUGGAGCUACUGAAGGAAACAUUUGUUUCAUGAACCACACUGGGAAGAUUGGAGCUGUGGGAAGAACAAACAUGUUUUACAAACUUUUUUUCGCUUUUGACUUGAUAAAGUAUGAUUUUCAGAAAGAUGAACCUAUGAGGAAUGAACAGAACUGGUGUAGCUCUGUGAAAAAAGGUGAACCAGGACUUCUUAUUUCUCCUGUGAAUACAAGGAAUCCCUUCUUUGGCUAUGCUGGUUCUUACAAGCAUACAAAAAGCAAACUGAUUUUUGAUGUUUUCAAGAAGGGAGAUGUUUACUUUAACACAGGAGACUUGAUGGUCCAAGAUCAGGACAAUUUCCUGUACUUUUGGGACCGGAUUGGAGACACUUUUAGGUGGAAAGGGGAAAAUGUUGCAACCAUGGAGGUGGCUGAUGUCAUUGGAAUGCUGGAUUUCAUACAGGAAGCUAAUGUGUAUGGUGUCACUGUGCCAGGUUAUGAAGGAAAAACAGGAAUGGCUGCCAUUCUUUUAAAACCAAAUAAGUCUUUAGAUUUAGAACAAAUUUAUGAGCAAGUUGUGGCGACUCUCCCAGCAUAUGCCUGUCCACGAUUUUUAAGAAUUCAGGAAAAAAUGGAGACAACGGGGACAUUCAAGCUGCAGAAGUUUCAGCUGGUAGAAGAAGGAUUUGAUCCACUGAAAAUUUCUGAACCACUUUACUUUAUGGAUAGCUUAAAAAAAGCUUACAUUCCAUUGACCACAGAACUUUAUGAUCAGAUAAUGUUGGGGGAGAUCAAACUAUAAGACUAGAGGUAGAGAUUUUCACAGGCUUUCCUAGGAAGAGAGG